UUUGCACUUUUAGACGUGGUAGCCGGCGGGAAUAAAGAACCGUCCCACUUCCUGUGCCGCCGGAAGCAAUUUUACAAUGGCAUCUUCUGCGGAUGCUCCUGCCAAAGAAGCUCGAAAAAGCGACUCUCAGCAGCAGAAACAGAAGCGUGAGAACCAAGAUGAGGCAGAGCUCCUCACUGUUCCAGAUGGCUGGAAGGAACCAGCUUUUUCCAAAGAGGACAAUCCCAGAGGACUCUUGGAGGAAAGCAGCUUUGCAACUCUGUUCCCAAAAUACCGAGAGGCCUACCUGAAGGAGUGCUGGCCGCUGGUGCAGAAAGCCUUGAGUGAACAUCAUGUUAAAGCAACGCUGGACUUGAUUGAGGGUAGCAUGACUGUCUGUACAACAAAGAAGACGUUUGACCCUUACAUCAUCAUUAGGGCCCGAGACCUAAUAAAGCUCUUGGCAAGGAGUGUUUCAUUUGAACAGGCAGUACGGAUACUUCAGGAUGAUGUCGCCUGUGACAUCAUUAAAAUCGGCUCUCUAGUGAGAAAUAAAGAGAGAUUUGUGAAAAGAAGACAGCGGCUUAUUGGUCCCAAAGGAUCUACAUUGAAGGCAUUGGAACUCCUGACAAACUGUUACGUUAUGGUUCAGGGCAACACCGUCUCAGCCAUCGGACCUUUUAGUGGCCUUAAAGAGGUUCGAAAAGUAGUCCUUGAUACCAUGAAGAAUAUCCAUCCAAUUUAUAACAUUAAAACCUUGAUGAUUAAACGGGAGUUGGCAAAAGAUUCCGAGUUACGAUCACAAAGUUGGGAAAGAUUUUUGCCACAGUUCAAGCACAAAAAUGUGAAUAAACGAAAGGAGCCCAAGAAGAAGAGUGUCAGGAAGGAGUACACGCCCUUCCCUCCCCCGCAGCCGGAGAGUCAGAUUGAUAAAGAGUUGGCUAGUGGUGAAUAUUUCUUGAAGGCGAAUCAGAAGAAGCGGCAGAAAAUGGAAGCAAUAAAGGCUAAGCAAGCAGAAGCUCUUAUAAAGAGACAGGAAGAACGAAACAGAGCAUUUAUUCCACCUAAGGAAAAGCCGGCUGUGAAGCCAAAGGAAGUUUCUACUGAAACUAAGAUCGAUGUGGCUGCUAUCAAGGAAAAGGUUAAGAAAGCAAAGGCCAAGAAACUGGGUGCUCUUACAGCGGAGGAAGUUAAGCUCAAGAUGGAGGCUGAUGAAAAGAAGCAGAAGAGAAAAAAGUAACAUUGGAAAAAAAUCCCAGACUUUUUAAGGUGUUUCCUUUUGUAAAGGACUUUGAGAUGCGAAGUCAGACUCAGAAAAUCAUGACCAGUUUUCUUCUGUUCACGGAUGUAUGCUUUGUAAAUAUGUAGGUGGUGGAUACCUCUGUGUACAUUGUGCCCAGAAAGUCCCAGGCAGCUUUUGCCUAGAUGUUUUAGGAAUAGCUAUUAUUUUAAAUUAUACAGAUUUUUGGAAUGAGACUAUUAUUCAUCAAAUCCAAUGUUUGUUACCAUUGGCUGGUCUUUAUUAUAAUACCUGAAACAUUUGGUUUUGAGGAAAAUACAUGCAAAAUUUCCACUCGG